AUGGACAAUCUAGAUAACUAAAUUGUGAAUAUCUUCAAAAAUGAAAUCUAAAUAAAAAGAAUUCGGAAGGGUAUUACAUAAUUAUAUGUCUAGAAUUAAAAUAAUUAGAGAUUCUAGAUAUAAAUGAAUUCACAAUUACUCUGAAACAAUUAUCUAAUAAUUUACAAAUAAUUGUACUCAUUAAUUAACAAUUUAGGUUGAAAUGCGACCAGUUGUAUAAUUAAAUUAAGGCAAACCUAUUAAAUUUUGCUUAUAUCUUGAUAAUAAAUUCCCUUUUGUAUUUCCAAAAGUUCAUAUACUUAGUCAUGUACAAAUUAAAAUAUCUAAAUUAGUUAACUAAACCAACUUUAGCUGAUGGAAGAGAUUAUAUUGAAGAUGUAAUACACCAAUAAUGGAGCCCAUCUAUUUUAUUAAAUGAAAUUAUUCAAAAGUUUCCUAAAUUUCUCGUAAAUAUAUAAAUCUUCUAUAAUUAGGAUUAAGUUAGACUUUAGAAAGAUAAUAGAGACUAUUUAUUAUCUUUAGGCAAAUAUAAUCAAGAUUAGGAAUACGAAGGAUAAUUAGGUUUGGAGGAUGUUGAAUUCUUUUAAUGCAAAGAAAUAAUUAAUGGAAGAUCUUAUUAAAAAAUAAUAUAAUUAAGCAAUAGUCAUAUUUUGAUGUUGGAAUCUAAAAAUAAAAUGUUAUUUCUAUAAAGCUAUUAACCUACAAAAGAUUUAGUUAAAGUUGAUAAAGUAGACAAUAGUGCCUAAUUAACAUGGAAAUCAGAUGACAAUUUUAGACCAUAAACAUUAAUCCUUUCAAAUAUAGAUCAAUUUAUGGAUUCUAUUCUUCUCUAUAAAACAGGUUCAUCGGGAAAAAAAAUUUUAGAAGAAGAGGUAACAUUAUAAAAAUUUGAAAAUUUUGAAAUUUAAAAACUUCUUGAUAAAGUCAUUAAUUAUGAGAAAUAGCUUGAAUAAGAAUUAACCACAUAGAAUUUGAACUCUCUUAUGAACUCUUAUUAAUAAGUAAUCAUUAUUUAAAUUAGGCUAUUGAAUAUUUUUCUGCUGUUUCUGAUGAAGAUUUUAAGGAAUAUGUUAUGCGUCUCUAAAAUUUAAUAGGAAGAGAAGAUGUCUAAAAAUUACUUUCCAAUAAAUUGUGAUC